AUGGCGGCGUCAUUCUUCAGCGCUCCCUUCCGCUUCUUAAGCAAGUUUGCGCCCUUGAGAUCCUCGCCCUCGACCUCUCACGACGCCAUCCUGGUUCCAGCAGAUAACGAUAGGUUGGGCCGAUCUGAUCACGACGCGGCAGACACAAUUAAAGACCGGCAGAUGCCCACUAUUAGUGCCGCGAACAAGAAGCGAAAGGCAGUUGAUGAUGAAAUCGACGAGCCAGUGAGAAAGCGAGUGAUGGCUGCCAAUGGACACAGCGAUGGACAGGGCCACGAGGAGGCAGUCAAUCCGCACGUUAUGUCAUAUCAAUCAGGGCCUCAAAUUAGCAAUGACCGAGUGUUGAUGCCGCCCCCUCGAGCUCAUGCAGGUCACAAGAGCAAGAUACCUCAAAAUCCGCUGAUCACCUCGAUCACCCCAGCUAUCAGACCUUCUGUACGAGACGACGACGAUGGGAUCUCCUUAACAUCACUUGCAAGAGGAAGGACUGAGGACAUAGAUGAGAGUGUUAUGGAAGAAAGACGCAGAUACCUCGCCAGUAUUCAACUCCCUCCUGGUUCUGGGGUGUGGUCACAAACUGAGAAAGACCUUUUCUUCCAUCUCGCUUACCGCGGCUUCGAACCCCUCCUCCCUCAGAGCUGGAUGCUUGAUUUCGGAACGCUACCAAUCGGCGUGUUUGCCCAUGAGAACACCACGGACACUCCGCUGAUACAUCACGUAAGAGAUAAUCAAUUUCGAGCAGCUCGCGCGCUUCGUCAAUUGUUUGAGGCCGGCCAUGAGGCAAGAGACAGAUCGCUCGUGAGUCCUAGCGCUCAGCGAGAAAAGAUGCUUGAACAAUCAAUCAAGAAGUAUUUGUACUGGGCUUUGACUGACAUGGGCCUUCGACCGAAAUCGGAUCCAAAUUAUAUUCCCAUCCACACUCUUACGAGAAGACGACGAGGGCGGACAACCCUUCAAACACUUGAGCACGUGGCUCAGAAACUCCAGAGACUUGCUGUUAGGCAUCAUCGAGCGAGGAAUGUCCAGCCAAGCAUUGAGCUUCAUUCUCUCAGCCUCUCCGACACCAAUCACACAAGAGUAAUUGAAGACGACGAUACUCUACCAACAAUGAUCGGUCUCGUCAUGAUCUCUUCUGUCGUUGCGGUCGUCACAUUGAGCCCCUUCGCCCAAGCCAAUACUCAAUCACCUUCGAUCCGCCAAACAGUCUCCCCACCAUUCUCCGACCAAGACGCUCAAACAGCCCCUCCGCCUUCAACCGGCGAAGUCACCGACCGGAUGCGCAUAAUCGCCGAGUUCGACUUUAGUCUGAAAGAUCAAGAUGUCUGGAACGCGCUCGGACUCGCCGUCGUGGCCAUGCAAAUCCGAAAAGAGGCACUAAGAGCAAACUCAUCCUUUGUCUACGACGACAUGGAAAUGUUGGGCUCAGAAGUUGGAUCAAUAGCAGGGUCGAGGCUUUCUGUCGAUCUCGAAAGUCUGUACGAAGGCUCAACCCGAUCGGUUCUGGAAGAUGACCCGGACCUCUGA